AUGGUUGCAAGCUGGCCUGAGCCGAUUGUUUCCGUUCAAGCCUUGUCCCAAACCGGCAUAUCCACCGUCCCAAACCGGUAUGUGAAACCGGCUCAUCAGAGACCAGUGUACAACUCCAACCAAUCCGAUGCUGACAUGGAUAUUCCAGUGGUAGACAUGAGCAAGGUGUGGGGGAAACCGGAGGGGCUAAUGAGCGUAAGGGGCGCGUGUGAGGAGUGGGGUUUCUUCCAAGUGGUGAACCACGGUGUGAGCCACGACCUGAUGGAGAGAAUGAGAGGAGCGUGGAGAGAGUUCUUUGAGCUUCCCUUAGAAGAGAAACGAAAGUACGCGAACUCACCGGAGACGUACGAAGGAUAUGGAAGCCGACUUGGGGUUGUGAAAGAUGCUAAGUUAGAUUGGAGUGAUUACUUCUUCCUCAAUUAUUUGCCUUCUUCCAUAAGAAGCCCUUCUAAGUGGCCAUCUCAGCCUCCUAAGAUCAGAGAAUUGAUUGAAGAGUACGGAGAAGAAGUGACGAAACUAUGUGAGAGGCUGGUGGAGACAUUGUCGGAGAGUUUAGGUUUAAAACCAAACCGUCUCAUGAAGGCCUUAGGUGGAGAAGACAGUGUCGGGGCUACUCUCAGGGCAAAUUUCUACCCAAAAUGCCCUCAACCACAGCUCACUUUAGGUCUUUCUUCCCAUUCUGACCCUGGUGGCAUCACCAUUGUCCUCCCGGACGAGAAGGUCGCAGGCCUCCAGGUCCGUCGUGGUGACUACUGGGUCACCGUCAAAUCCGUCCCCAAUGCUUUGAUCGUUAACAUCGGAGAUCAGGUUCAGAUACUUAGUAAUGGAAUUUACAAAAGCGUGGAGCAUCAGGUGAUUGUUAAUUCCGGUAUGGAUCGAAUCUCUUUGGCACUCUUCUACAACCCGAGAAGUGAUAUCCCGAUCGGACCAGUCAAAGAACUAAUAACCGAAAACCAACCUGCUCUUUAUAAACCGAUCAGGUUUGACGAGUACCGUCUUCUGAUUAGGCAAAAGGGUCCUUGUGGCAAAAAUCAGGUCGAUUCACUGUUAUCAAGCAGAUGA